AUGGACCCCACAGACCUCACUGUCGACCUGCUCGAGAAGCACCUCCUUGCAGCUGAGGCUAGCAUAGUCGCUGUAGGUGCUGCUCGUGGCACUCCUCGCACUCCCUUCUUUGAGGGGUGUUCCCCCUCACCCCUUGCCCCCUCCUACGCUGCUGCUGUUGCUGUUGACUUCCUUGGUGCUGAGGAGGUCGGGGCUGCGUCUGCUCCUAGUGGGAGGCGCCGCAGCGGCAAGGGCAAGGGAGGCAAGGGUGGUGGGGGUGGUAGCGGUGGAGGCGGUGGUGGAGGCGGUGGAGGCGGUGGAGGUGGCGGUGAUGUCGGAGGGAGUGGUGAUGGGGGUGGAGGCGUUGGUGGCGGCAGUGGUGGCGGCAGUGCGGCAUUGGUGGCGGCAGUGGGAGUGGUGGCGGCUGCGGUGGUGGCGGCCGGGGUGGAACCGCGUGGGGUGUUUGGGGGUAGUGUUCGCUGCCAGUACGUCAUUCGCACAGGUAACCGAGCUGGUCAGACAUACUGGAAGGUUGGUCAUACACAGUCACGCUGCUUCUCCCGUCUUGACGACGCUUGGCGCGCAGAGUUUCCCGACGCGACUGAGCUCCCUCGUUGGCUAGAGCUACUUAGGCAGGGUGUGGAUAUCUUUGCUCUUGACUAUGAUGCUAUCCUUGCUGCCAUGUAUGCUUUGACUGUUAGUGCUGAGGGUGACUGUUACCUGUCUAUGCCGCCCGACCCAGGUAUAGAGGCUGCUGCUCUAGGUGCUAGUGAGUCUGUUCUCCCUGGUACUGUGCCUGCUGAGGCCUUGCACACCUUCACGCUUGACUCAGGUGCUUCCCGCUGUUUCUUUUGCGACAGUACCAUAGUCACACCACUCCCUGCACAUGUUGCUGUGAGACUGGCUGACCCCUCAGGGGGCCCAGUUCUUGCACGUUCCUUUCUGAUCUGA